UGCAUUACCUAUUGGUAAAACUACAAAUAAAUCUACAGAUAGGCAAAUUGAAUUAGAUAUAGAUACAGAUGAAGACACCAAAUUGUAUAAUAAGUUAUCAAGUGUUGAAGAUUGGGAAAAUCAACUACAUAACUAG